UGAAGAUGCGCUUGUACCUCAACUACUACACCAUUGAUCUGUUUUCCAAGCUCCUGUACGGACACAUGUUGGACUGUCUCGAGCGAGGAAAUGAUCUGGUCGAUGCCGAAACACCGGAAGGAAAAUUGGACAAAGUACGGUUCAUAGAACCCCUUGCUCCUUCUAACAAAGAAAGUCUUCAGCUGGAACCCAUACAAGAAGUCCGGGGCAGACUGCGAUAGCAUCAUUUACCAUAACGCCAAGCAUCGUUUUCGAGACCUGGACUCCGAAGAUGACACCUCCUCCAAACUGCUAAAGAACAACAAAGGAGAAGAUCUCAACAUCCCCGAAGGCGAGGUCUUAGCGGGAAUGUUCAGUGAUGAUGAACGCCAGAACCAGCACCACAGCAGCAGCACUCACCAACUCCAUAUACCUGCUCUACAUGCACCCCAAAGCUCUCUCAAAGCUCCGAGAAGAGUUGGGUGCUGCUACAGGCACAGCAGAAGUUUUAAGUUCUGGAGAACUUGCAAAUUUGCCAUACCUCCGCGCUUGCAUUGAAGAAUCUCUCCGUGUACGACCUGGGAGUUCCUUCGGAAUACCUCGCAUUGUAUUGAAGGGUGGACGGGGAGUUGUUGGUCAGUUUAUUGAUGAAGAUGCUACGGUU